CAACUUUCAACCUAAUUCAUAGUUUUAACCCUUUGCCCAUUUUUAUAAUUCAUUAGAAUUGAAGGCGAUGUAGGUCAGAUGAGCAUUUAGCAAUCAAGAGUGAGAAAUUACUCUCUCUCUCUCUCUCUCUGUGUGUGUGUGUCUCACACGCCGAAACUCGGAAGCUCUCUCUCAGUAAAUAACCAUUUCACACACACCCUCAAUCAUUUUGUAAGCCUUUAAAACCACCCAGGUAUAUUGUAGUGGUCAGAAGAAUUAAGGGUGGGUUUAUUUGGAUUUGAAAUGUGCUGGGAGCAAAAUGGCUGAAUCACCAGUGUCAUCAUCAACCUCUGAUAAACCCCCAAUUGAGAAACAAGGAUUGGGGCUUUUGAUCUCUCAUACGCCGCCAUCUGAUCCCAUAACCAGCGAUCAGGAUAUCAAGUUCCAGCCUUCUUCUUGCUCAUCACAAAAUGCCUCUGACGCAGGGAAUGCUUCACCGACCGAGGGUGCGGCUGAUGGGGUGCUGAAGGAAAUUGGCACCGCAUUUCAGGAGGAGGAGUUGGGGAACUCUAUUCAAAGAGAGCUACUUCAGCUUACCGUUGUGCAGGCUGAAAUCGAGGCAGUGUGUGAGAAAUUAGAGGCCAUUCAUGUUACCGAGGCACGGAGCGAUGUGGAAGUAGUUAAAAAGGAUAUUGAUGAAGAAAAGGAUGGAAAAGAUGCAGAGCCUGUUGACAAAGAGAAUGAGGGCGGGGAGGACAGGAAUGAUGCGAGAAUGACAAAAAGCGAUCAUAUUGAUGAAGACAAGGAUGACAAAGAUGCAGAGAGCGUUGAAGAAGAAAACCAGAAUGAGGAGGGCGAUGACGAGGAUGAGGGGAAUGUAGAUGGGCAGUCGGGGCAGGCUGUGACGAUGCUGGGGAGACAUAAUAAUAGCAAUCACCGAAGGAGGACUAACUAUCCAAUGCGACCUGAUGCGGAGGAUUGCGCAUAUUAUAUGAAAUUUGGGUCUUGUAAAUUUGGAUUGAAUUGCAAAUUUAAUCACCCACCUAGGAGAAAAAAUCAGGGUGUUAAAGAGAAAGCGAUGAACAGGGAAGAGAACUUUGAAAAGACAGGGCAGACUGAAUGCAAGUAUUACUUGACAUCAGGGGGAUGCAGAUAUGGAAAGGAUUGUAACUACUCUCAUGGUUCAGACAAAAGCUCCACAUCUCAUAUUCCGGAAUAUAACUUUUUAGGACUGCCAAUUCGACCGGGAGAAAAAGAGUGCCCCUACUACAUGCGCACCGGUUCUUGCAAGUACGGGGCCAACUGCAGGUUUCAUCAUCCCGAACCUAAAACAGUGGCUGGAGGUGGCUCCCCUUCUGGAUAUGGCAAUGAUAGAUCUCUUCCAUCACAAGUUGUUUCCUCGUCAUCCCUCUCUCCGUGGUCUGCUUCAGGGGCAUUUACCAGUACUUCUCCAUUUGUACCAGUAAUUUAUCCUCCAACCCAGGGUGCCCCUAGACCAAAUCCAGAGUGGAAUGGGUAUCAGGGCACAGCCUACCCGACAUCAGAGAGGAGCCUGCCUACACCUCCAGCAUUUGCCAUGAACAAUCUACCAACUGAGAUUAACUUCCCAUCGCAACACCAACAUGAUAUGGCGGUCCAAGAGCAUCCCGAACGUCCUGGUGAACCAGAAUGCACCUUCUUUUUAAAAACUGGAGAUUGCAAAUUCAAGUCUAAUUGCAAAUUUCACCACCCAAAGAACCGUAACCCCAAGCCUAAGGCAAACACUUUCGCUCUCAAUGACAAAGGCCUGCCACUUAGACCUGAUCAGCCCAUAUGCACGCAUUAUCACCGUUAUGGCAUUUGCAAGUUUGGUCCUGCAUGUAAGUACGAUCAUCCCUCAAAGUUUGCAGUCUUGCCCCUUCCUUUUGAUAAGCCACCACUUGGCAACUUGAAAAUUGUAGACGAGGCUGAAAAGUCGGGGCAUGGAAAUGAAACUGAAUCCUCAAUAUAGCAGCAGCCUAGGAUUAGCAUGAAACUCUAGCUUUUUGGUUGAAGUCAUCAGGAUUUGAACUUGUAAGUUUUGCAAGACUUUCUUGGUACCUGAACAGAUGCUUUUCGGACACUUCAGACUUAACUGCUUUAUCUUAGUUCCUUGUAGCUGAAAGCGCAAAGCAGAAUAGGUAUAAGUUAUCCUUACAAAUUUGUAGUCCUCUUUGAGGUGAACAAUGCGAAUUCUAAUUUUAAACCCAAAUCAUUAUUAUUGAUUGCAUCAUGAAUAAAAAUAUA